CAUUGAAUCUGAAUCAUUGAACAAUUAGAAAAAUUUAAUGAUCAUUCAUUAUUUUAGUUAGACAUAGAUGACGAUAAGUGAUAAGUUUUUAAGAAGAUGUUUUAAGUAAAUAAACAGAAUAAAUUUAAUAAAAAUGGGUGCUUUAUUUGGUAAAUCCAAGAAACAAGUCAGUAGAGUAACGGAACAAGAUAAAGCAAUUUUACAGCUCAAACAACAGAGAGAUAAGCUGAAACAAUAUCAGAGAAGAAUAGAAAACAACCUUGUAAAAGACCGUCAAUUGGCUAAGAAACUUUUAUCGGAAGAUAAACGAGAGAAAGCUAAACUUCUGUUGAAGAAAAAAAGAUACCAAGAACAAUUGCUACAAAAUACUGAGUCACAAUUAGAAAAAUUGGAGCAAUUGACUCAUGAUAUCGAAUUCGCCCAGAUUGAAGUACAGGUACUUGAUGGAUUAAAAACAGGAAACAUUGCAUUGAAGAAAGUUCAUGACAUAUUGAAUAUUGAUGAAAUCGAAAAGAUUUUGGAUGAAACAAGGGAAGGUAUAGAAAAACAAAAGGAAUUAGAUGAACUCAUCUCAGGCCAAUUAACUGAUGAAGAUGAAGAGGCAGUUGAAGCUGAACUUGAAGCAAUAUUAGAUGUAAAAGACCAACUACCUGAUGUGCCUUCAGAUAAACUGCCAGAAAACAGAGAUGUUGCAGAGAAACCACUUAAAACAAAAGAAAAGCCUUUGAAAGUUGCCAUAGAAGCCUAAAGGUGUAAUUAUUUCUUUGCUAAUUAUAUAGUUGUAAAUAGUUAAUUUUCUAAGUAAAUUAUAUUUUUCAAUCU